GAAAAGUCAAGCUCAGUUUCUCCGUGGUCCCAAACUUGGAUUUCAAGAGAGCAGAGACAGUUUUCAAGAAGUGACGGAGAAAGUCCCUAAGGGCUCUCUUCUUACUUCUCAGUAACCUUCCAGCUAAGACUCCAUCAUGGGCGACUGGAGUGCUUUGGGGAGGCUCCUUGACAAGGUGCAGGCCUACUCCACGGCUGGAGGGAAGGUGUGGCUCUCGGUCCUAUUCAUCUUCCGGAUACUGGUGCUGGGGACGGCCGUGGAGUCCGCCUGGGGGGACGAGCAGUCUGCUUUCAAGUGCAACACCCUACAGCCUGGUUGUGAGAACGUGUGUUAUGACAAGUCUUUUCCCAUAUCACAUGUACGGUUCUGGGUGCUGCAGAUCAUAUUUGUCUCGACACCGACUCUUCUCUACCUUGCCCAUGUGUUCUAUCUGUUGCGAAUCGAGCAGAAGAUUAACCGUAAAGAGGAAGGGCUGAAAAACAUCCAGAAUGAUGGGGGCGAUGUGGACAUACCUCUGAAGAAGAUUGAGAUGAAAAAACUCAAGCACGGACUGGAGGAGCAUGGGAAAGUUAAGAUGAAGGGAGCCCUCUUAAGAACCUACAUUGUCAGUAUUUUUUUCAAGUCGCUUUUUGAGGUGGGCUUCUUGCUCAUACAGUGGUACAUCUACGGCUUCAGCUUGUCUGCUGUCUACACGUGCGAGAGGUCCCCCUGCCCCCAGCGAGUGGACUGUUUCCUCUCCAGACCCACGGAGAAAACCGUCUUUAUCAUCUUCAUGCUGGUGGUCUCUCUGGUCUCUCUGCUCCUGAACAUCAUCGAGCUUUUCUAUGUGAUCUUCAAGAGGAUCAAAGACCGUGUGAAGGGGAAACAGGCACCCAUCCACUACCCUGGUACUGGGACUUUAAGUCCCACUCCCAAAGAUCUGUCCUCCGCAAAGUAUGCCUACUAUAACGGGUGCUCGUCUCCCACCGCCCCUCUGUCUCCCAUGUCUCCCCCGGGCUACAAGCUUGCCACAGGGGAGAGAACCAACUCCGUUCGAAACUACAACAAGCAGGCCAAUGAGCAAAACUGGACCAACUACAGCACGGAGCAAAACCGCCUGGGCCAGAAUGGCAGUACCAUCUCCAACUCCCACGCGCAGGCCUUUGACUUCCCCGACGACACCCAGGAGAGUAAGAAACUGACCCCAGGGCACGAGCUGCAGCCACUGGCCCUGAUGGACCCCAGGCCCUGCAGUCGGGCAAGCAGCCGCAUGAGCAGUCGGCCGCGACCAGAUGAUCUAGAUGUCUAGCCCCUCUCCAGCUCCCUGGUCGGUGGGGGGCCUUAGUGCCAGAGAACAAAUAGCACGAGGAGGCAUUCUAAAAAGUGCUGAGUGGGGCAAGGUGAGGCAUAGACCAUUCACUGUCCUCACUAGAGACUCUAGUCAAUAAUGAGACAUUAAAAUACUUACACUGUUGGAGGUACUAUACAUGUAAUGAUUUGUUUGAAACUAGUGGCGCUAACAAGCUUUAACAACAACACAAAUAGUGGGCAAAGAACAUAACAAUGUUCUGAUAACUUUGUCCAUCUGUCCCUUUUCCCUACCGGAAGAAUAUGCCUUGGUAAUGUGUUUGGUUUAGUUAUCUUAUUUUUGCCUGUAGGUUCCAUUAUACGGCCACACACAAUGACAUUCCAUUUAAAAAGAUUGCACUUAAAUAUAGUAGAUACAUGUCUUUUACCAUGCCUUGGAAGUAGUUUGAAAAAAUACUUGGCUUAUAGGUUUUCAUCACACUCAUCUUCAGUAUGACUUCCAAGUCUGUUUUGUAAAACAAGGCUCUAAGAAGGAUGAAUAUGAUGAAAGAAGGAUGCUCAAUUUGAUGAAUUCAUAUUUAUUUAUUAGUAAAAGUAUGCAGGACAUCCACCACUAGAUAAAGAUUGACUACUAGCCAAGGUCAUGUCCAUAUAAAUGAUGUAAGUAACUACACCCGACUGCAUAUUUAUUGAUAAUAACCAACAUUUCAGCAAUACAAUUCUCUCAAAACAAAAUAAGUUGCUUUUAUUAUCGUGGACUGUCAUUUCCUGAUAAACUUUGAAUUUAUGUGCUGUCAGUUGUUUUUUGUUUGUUGUUUGUUGUUUUGGGUUUCGUGGGAAAGAGGAGGGUUUUAUAUGUGUCUUGAAGCAUCAUUGAAAGAAAGUCUUUAUUUCUUCUCAUUUUAUUAAUUUUUUUCUUUUACUUUUGGAUGGUAGAGGAGGGCAGUAGAAUGAUUAUUUGUGUUUUACCUUUGGAGUGAUUUAUUUUAUUUUUUAACUCAAUGUAAUCAUUGCUGCUUGAGAGAUAGAUUUAUAGUACUGUAAAUCAAGCUAACUGUGUCACAAAUGUGAGUUUGUAGAAGACUGCUUAUAGAGCUGGACUAAUAUUUAGUCAAAUAUAUUAUGCCAAUGUAGCUACACAACUACCAAACACUUUGUAGAUGGAAUUUCAAUUGGACAUUUUUCUUUAUCUUUGUUUUUCCCCCUUCAAUUAUGCAUUAUAGUAUUUUGGUACUCAAACAGAGAAUUUCAAGGGUUUUUCAGCUACAAUGGUGUUUGCACUGAUAUAUUGACUAGGGUAUAAUAUGAUGCAAAAAGUGGCAAGUUUUUUCUGAUAUGCAUGUUACUAAUUUAUUUUACAACACACUAAGCAAAAAUCUCUCCAGUACAUUCUAUCAAACAGUGCUUUCGUUUGACAGCUGGUUUUAAUUAUUUUGAAAGGCUAAAGUAAUGUCUCCAUUCAGAGUACAAGACAUACUUGGGUGUACAUUUGUUUGAUAAUGUGGUCAGAUAAUGCCAUUCCAUGCAGUGUGUAAGUGCAUGAUAGCAACAAAAAAGUAAUUAAUCGUAUCUGUGAAAAGCUAUUUUAACCAAUAAAGAUUUUUCUUUCUUA